AUGUCCAGUCUGGACAAAAGUUGUUGGAUAGGCGCUAGAGCGCUUGCAAAGCGACACUGAGGAGAUUAGCGAAGGCUUGGGUGCACUAUGAGUUGGUCAGUCUAAUGGAUAAACACAACCCCUGUUGUCAAUUUAAUGAACUUUUCCACCUCGGUAAGGAAAACUAAAUAUAUUGUUCAGCAUUGGGGAUUGUUACAGUGCAAAAAGAGGAGACCGGUGCUCUGUGAUAGCAUUCAAUCGGACAGAAAGCAACAGAUGUGUGGUCAGCAUUUUAAUAUGACAAGGAGGGGAAGUAGUGAUGGGGGGGGAUUAAGUCUCAACACUGCUCUAGUGAUUUGCUAGAGCUUUAGCUUUGAUGGAAACGGGUGCAGGGAGCCUGCCAGUCAUAUCGAGGGAAUGAUGGCCGUGUGAGGGCUUCCAGUGGAAAAUCUGACACAAAGUCGCUCUGAAAAUUGUGUCAUCAAAGGGAAUACGCGGAACACAUCUGCAGCUGACAUGAGGCCGGCGAGCGGCGGGUUUCGGGCCCGCAGGGCUGCCGAGCUCCCCGAGAAGGAGUCCGAGGAGGCCACGGAAGAAGUUCACCACGAGCACGCCCACACGGAACACCACGGCCACUCCGAGCAUCAUCCCGGCCAUGACUACAACCACAUGAAGGACAAGUUCAUGAACGAACUUGACCGACUACCCAUUCCUAUGUGGGCAGUAGGAGCCAUCGUAGUGGUGGUCCUGGUGCUGGUGGCGUGCUUUAUCUUUUGCGUUUUCAAAAAAUGCUUUGGGAAGAAGAAAAAGCCAAAGAAAGUCCGAGAGAGGAAGACGGGUCGCUGCAGGAAGUCAAAAGAAGGCGAAGGCGAGACAGGAGAGAAGGAAGGGGAGGUGAAGAAGGAAGGCGAGGAAGCGGAGAAAGAGCAGGAAAGGUUGGGCAAAUUGGAGUUCUCUCUGGACUACAACUUCACAGAUUCCCAGCUCAUCGUGGGAAUCCUACAGGCUCAGGAUCUGGCCGCCAUGGACAUGGGGGGCACCUCAGAUCCUUACGUCAAAGUCUUCCUGUUGCCGGACAAAAAGAAGAAGUACGAAACCAAGAUUCAGCGCAAGAAUUUGUGUCCCGUUUUCAACGAGACGUUCUUUUUUAAGAUCCCGUAUGCAGAGUUAGGAGGAAAGACGUUGGUGCUCCAGGUCUUCGAUUUCGAUCGCUUCUCCAAGCACGACAUGAUCGGUGAUAUCAAGAUCCCCAUGAACAGCGUUGAUUUGGGCCAACCAAUUCAACAGUGGAGGGACUUGGAGAGUGUGGAAAAGGAAGAGGUACAUUUGCCUUUCAUUUCGUACGAAAGCUUUUCUUCACGUUUUUGCUCCUGGCAGGAAAAACUGGGCGAUGUCUGCAUCUCUCUGAGAUACGUCCCCACUGCUGGGAAACUGACAGUGAACAUCAUGGAGGCAAAGAAUCUGAAGAAAAUGGAUGUCGGGGGCUUAUCGGAUCCGUAUGUGAAGAUUGUCCUGCAGCAAAAUGGAAAACGUAUCAAGAAGAAGAAGACAACAGUCAAGAAAAACACACUCAAUCCCUACUUUAAUGAGAGUUUCAGCUUUGAAGUCCCCUUUGAACAGAUACAGAAAGUACAGGUGGUCAUCACAGUGUACGACUACGACAAACUGGGGAGCAACGACCCCAUCGGUAAGACCUUCAUGGGUUACGGCGCUACGGGGGUCGGCCUGCGCCACUGGUCGGACAUGCUGGCCAAUCCCAGACGUCCGGUAGCCCAGUGGCACACGCUGUUGCCGGAGGAGGAGGUCGACGCGGCGGUCAAAGCCAAACCUCGCUAAGGAGACCUUGCUGGGUUUUUUUUGUGUCUUCCCUUUUGUUUUGCAUGAUGUCACUGGACAUUUUAUUUUUUUUAACUGAACCAAGAUUAAGUACGAUAGAUAUUUCUUCUUACUUGCAUUACUUAACAACGUAUUCUAACUUGUUAUUGAGAUAUUAUUUCUGGUUAUGAGUAAGUAACUCUAUAGGUGUGGGGAGUACACAUACUAGUUUUAUGACAUCAGUGGGUUCGCUAUGUUUACUUGUUUUAAGAAAUCUUCCCAACUCAAUCCCAAAAACGUCCAGUUGCCUCAAUUCAAUUUUUGCUGUUUACUAUGAUGACUGAGAAUCUACACAGACAUCUUGACAAGUCUGAUUUUCCCGUUAUACUGGUGGAUAAUUUUGCUUAAAUUAAGUAAUAUCUUCCUCAUGAUGUUACAUUUUUGUUCUUGUUCUUUUUUUUAAGACCAGUUUUUGCAGUGUUGUUUUCCAUGCAUAAUGUUUCUUUUGGUAUACUUUAACAUAUGGAUGUGAAAUACUGAUAUAUAUGUCAUUAAGACCUUGUUUUCCCUUGUGUAUAUAGCUGUAUGGCACUAAAGUUAAAACAAAUAUAAAUGUGCUGUGUGUGCGCUCAUAAACAGGUGCAUCUCUACCCAUGAAUUUGAAUAUUAUGGAAAAUGGAAUUUAUUUUAGUAUAAUUUAUAGUAUAAGAGUGAGACUCAGUAUUAAAUAGACUUGAUUUGAUGAUUUAAUUUUGUAUAUCUAAUUGUCAUGAUUGUAUUUUACAGCUAAGGAAAACAAUGAAAAUUUAACAUCCAAAGAAAUUCAAAAAUUAUGUGAAACAAUCAAGAUCGAGAAUUUAGAAUUUAUUUUCGCAUGUGAUAAAUCAAUCUGUAUAACAUGUUUCACUUUUUGAAUUGAACUAACAAAAUAGUUGUUUUUUAUGAUAUUUUAAUUUGUUGUACUCUGUGCAAUGACAAUAUAUAUUCUUAUUCUAUAUUGAGAUGCACCUGUAUCUACAAUAUCACUACUCUACUAAAAUAAUGAAAUAUUUCAGUAUUGUUUAGUUUUUAGUAGACCACUUUAUGUACAUUUUGGCUCAUUUGAAUGACAAAUCUCCUAUGGACGUUUCGCGUAACGUGCCGGUUAACGUGGUUCUUUUUAAUAAUGUAGAUGAUUUUAAUUGUUUCACUGCGGAGAAAAUAGAAAAACAAAUAAACUUGUGUGUUAACUGAA